UACUUCGUGUUGUUUUGACUGUAAUAUUAUGCAGACGAGAAUAAUUUUAAACGAAUCGACUGUGAUCGAUUUCUUGUAUUAUGUUCGGGAACUUUGACGCGGCAGUAAAGCUUAUGCAACUCUUCUCCCUUAUCGUCGUCCUCGUUGUUGUAGCCGCUGCCGCCGAAUUAGAAUCGCAACAGUCCGUCGAAACCGGUGGCGGCAGGACGUCCAUCGCGUCCUCUUUCCUGUCGGAGAUCUCCACCCAAUAUCCGUAUUUAGUGGGACUGACCAUGGGCGGAAAAUUCGACCACACGAACCAGCAGACCACCAUCUGCACAGGAACCCUUUUAUCUCCGGUUUUGGUUCUAUCGUCGGCAUAUUGUACAUCGCGUCUGACAGCCAUGAUCAAGGAGAGUCCGGAAGUGACUACACUACUCGCAUAUUGGAAGACACCCACUAACUCUGUCAAGUACCACCGGGCCUCGGUUGUUUACACCCAUCCGUCAUACGACAAAGCCACACGGAAGUUCGACUUAUCGCUGAUAAAGCUCAAGAAACCAUUCAAACAAGUUGAGCGUUUCGUCAGUUUGUCGUCUAAAACGUUGAAAAGCGACGUCGAACUGAGUUGCGUAGUUGUAGGGAUCGGUGCACCCCAUGAACGCGGUUACAAGGUGCCGGUCCGUGUCAAGUACGGUCCUACCGCUUGCCGGAUUCCUAAAUCUAACCCCGGUCUUAAGUACGUGAUCGGAUUCACUUGGGCGGAUUUCCUAUGUGCCGAGACUGUAGGUCCGACAGCCAAACGAUUACCAUGUGACCAAGCCGAUCCACUGGUGUGCUUCGGUGGUCGGCAUCAGUAUGGAAUAUUCAGCUACGGGUAUGAUGGGACAGGCGCGUCUCCAGCGACGGAGGCGACCGAGUGCGGUGAUCCAGCCAUUCAGGGUAGACACCUGUUUGUCAACAGGAACGCUGCAUGGAUCGCCGAGAUUAUGGCACACCACGUUGGUGACUCAAAGCAGAUAGACGUUGAUGAGAAGACGACGGCGACGAGCCUUCGCCCCACGCGGCCACGGCUUACAACCACCACAACUUCGGAGGCAUUACCAAAAGUCACCUGUACCGACCACCUAGAAGGCAACUAUCCGUAUCUGGUGUACUUGGAAGGCAUGCCCGAUGAACCGGUGUGCGGCGGUACUCUUGUAUCACCUCGGCACGUGCUCACGACCGCUUACUGCACGACAAGGAUGACUGAAAUCAUGGUGACCGUUACGACAUACCAUCGACAACGCACGAUUGCAAGCCUCGUGUAUAUACAUCCGGACUUCAACUCGUACACGCUGGCCGCGGACAUUAGCAUCGUAGUCUUACUUGAACCGUUAAACGUGACCAGAUACGCACAGCUGCCGGAUAUUGUCAUCAGACGGACUGACGGUGACUACAACAAGACUGCAAAGGAGCUGGCCUGCGCGGUGGUGUCGGCGAGCAGACGACUGACACCCUAUCAUUACGUCCAAGUCAAUGUCAAGUACGGGCCCAAAGCUUGUCAGGAAUCAUUGGAUUUGGAAAUUCAGACGACCGUCAACAAGACUUGGCACGAAUUUAUUUGCGGAACUAUGAAUCAUCAAUUUCUAGACGUCACGGGAGAUCCGUUAAUCUGCGAUGGAUUUCAAUACGGCAUAGUCAGUCACACAUAUCGGACUACGGAGCAGGCCUCCGAAACCGGAAGUACCGAUCAAGUGCGUUUCUUGGUAAUCAAAAACUACAGAGAAUGGAUUGACCAAGUGAUCACUGCCGAUAAUCAAUUGAGCACCGUCGACGGUCGUGCGAAUGCAUCGCCAGGACUCGAGUUCGCCCUGGUCCUGAUGACUGUCGUUUUCCAAUUAUUGUCACAGUUUAGGUACCUAUAAUUUACCGUAAUAUGAACAUUUGGUAUUUACCAUGUAUCUACUACUAUUGUAUAGCGAUGCAACUAUUAAUCUCAGGAAACAAAACCCGUUGCACAUUUCAACAGGUGAAAAAUUACAUAUUACAACAAUGCAAAAAUGUCUGUGGAAUAGAAUUGUUUGGCAACGGUACGUAAUACAAGGCAAAACGUUGAAGCUUAACCGUUUAAAAAGUUUAAAAGUUUUAAUUGUUUAUUCUUUUAAUUGUUUUUAUAUUAAUGCUCAUCGUUAAGAGUAUCGGAUAAAUAUAU